CGCUGCACACACUCACACUGCCCACUUUCUCCUUUUCCUUGUCUUCUCAUGCUGCAAAAGGUUGGAACCGCCAACCCAGCAGAGAGAGAGAGAGAGAGCGCGAGAGAGAGCGAGAGCGUAAAUUGGCGGAUUGAGGGCCGUUUUACUGACACAGUCUACCGCUCGAGGCGCCACUCAUCAGUCAUCGCUGGAAGCGCUCGUUUUUGUCUUCUGUCAUCGGAGGAAUCUGAGUCUGCGCAGUUCCUGUUCACUUAGCUCGCCUAGCUGUUUGCUGUCCGAUCUCGCCGCCGUUCUUUUUCGGGUGUGUUUCGUCCCGCAUCGAUUCCAUUUCCAGCAGGUCUUUUGGGUUAAUAAAGUGACUAGAUCAAAAACUCAAAGUUCUUAUUGUCAUGGAGAAGAUCCCACCCGACUGCCCUUAUCCAGGUUGUUUCUUCUGUGUCAUGAAGGAAGGCAAUCCCAGCAAGCGUCGGUCAAGUAUCCUGAAAUUCUUCAGAGAGCUUCCUUCCCAGGAUGAUGAUGGUCAAGUUCUUCCUAUCAGUGGACUGUGGAACACUGCCAUGGCUCAUCCAAAUGAUCCAGAGUUCAUCAACUUAGGAAUCUUUGAAUGCAUGGCAGCAUUGAUAUGGAAAGGCUUAAAGAAUAGGCGAUGGCUCUCACAUGACCAGAACAUUUAUAUCCCAUACUAUGCAGCUCAUAUAAUUGGGUCCUACACUAUGAAUAUGGAGGAAUUUGCUGAAAGAGCAGUCCCUGCUUCUGUCAUUCCUCCCUUGGUUGAGCUUCUAAGGGGUAGAUUGACUUGGGUGGAGCAGAGGGUAGCAGUUAGAGCAUUAGGACACUUGGCAACUUAUCCUAGUAGCUUUCCUGCAGUUGCAGAUCAUGGAGAAGUACUUGAGCUUGCCAUUCAGCUUGCAUCAAGUUCUCUUGAGAUUGUCUAUUCUCAUUUUUACCAGUUUGUGGAUAGGAGGAUAAGCUAUCAUUGUGAUCUGCUUACUCGUGGAAUGGGAGGAGUGGAAAUGGAAUCUAGGAAGGCAGAGGAAUGGGCUAGUCAGUUACAGUGCUGGUCACUUCAGCUUAUUAACUGCUUUGCUUUCAAGCCAGAGUUUCUCUUCGACAUUUGCAAACCAGAGUUUUUGGUUAAAUUGCCGGGCAUGUGGGGAGGACUGGUUAAUGAGAACUCACCGGCAGGUAUUGGUUUACUCCGGACAAUAUGUCAACACAAGCUUGGGAGAGCUCCUGUUGCCAACUGUCCUGAUAUUGUCGAAGCACUAUGCAACAUUGCCCGAUCAUCAGAUGACUGGCAGUAUAUGGCUAUUGACUGUCUUCUUUGGUUACUCCAAGAUCAGAAUACUUCACAAAAGGUAAUAGAUAAAGCCGCUCCAGCCCUCACAGAUUUAGCAGAAAUUACUGCCCUUGGUGACCAUAAAAGAUUAGGGGACACUAUUGUUAACGUCCUUCAAGAAUGUUGCCAGGCACAAGGAACUGCUCGUAGUUACAUCAGCACACGUACAAAAGAACUGAUUGAUGAGCUUUUGAGCUCUAGGCAGAGAUUAAAAUGGGAGAAAAACAUGCCAAAGGAGGAUCUUCAAAUAAAACAAGCAGCGGCACUGGUUGUUAAGCUGGAAGGAAACUCUUUAUUCUCCUCAGGAGAUAUAUCUGGAGCUGCAUCAAAGUACUCUGAAGCUCUGGCAUUGUGCCCAAUGAAGUCCAAAAAAGAGAGAGUUGUAUUGUACAGCAACAGGGCUCAGUGUUAUCUUCUCUUGCAGCAACCACUAGCAGCCAUAAGUGAUGCUACACGGGCUUUAUGUCUUCAUAACCCUCCGAAUCGCCAUGCAAAAAGUCUUUGGAGGAGAGCCCAAGCAUAUGAUAUGCUGGGUUUAGCAAAGGAGAGUUUGUUAGAUGCCAUUCUUUUCAUUAACGAAUGUUCACAAUCUAAUGAUCCUGAUCUUUCUCUGAAGCACAACAAAGUUCCUGAUUAUGCUGAAAGAUUAGUGAAGAAACAGAUGCGUGCUGCAUGGUUAUUUAGAGAAGCAGCUAUAAAGCAUGGUGUUAUUCAUACUGAUGAUGGGACUGGAGAUAUCUACGAGCAAGAGGCUGAUGACUCUGAGUGGGAGACCGCCAGUGAAAGUGACAUGGAAAAUGAUGGAAGGGAAGCAGAUGAUGAUGGAGAUUGGAAAAAUGACAACAUCCGCAAAGAUAUGUAUGACAAGGCAACAAAAAAAGAUUUGGUACAUGGAUACAAGAUCCUUCUGGCUGAAGAAUGAGACAAAUUUGUAUCAGAUUUCAUCAGCGCGGUUGUUUCUUCUGUUCAGAUAUUGAAACUGUCAAAUAUUUCUUCCCAGUUCUUGGAUGUGAGUUUGAGUUUCUUACAAAUUCCACCAUAUCCACUGUGUUAACUCCUAUGGAACACCCUCUUUUUUGACCAAUAUUUUGUUUAUAGAUUGUUUGGUUGUGGUUCCGGUUUCGUACUUGUAGCGUAUUGAAUGGAGAUGCUAGCUUCCAUAGACAUGAUUUGUAUGCAUAAUUAGUGUUCUUUGGCUACCUUUUUUGCUUUCAGAGGGAAGAGGUUUUCUAUUUGGUUCAAA